UGCGCCAUGGGCGACUGCAUCCUGUCCUCUCUCUCCAUCCCUCCACACAGUAGAACCAUGAUCAGCACUGAGCAGACCACCUGUGACAACCAGUCAGAACCCUUGGAGGAGUUUGUGGAUGACUUCGAGGUGGAAAUUGUAACUCUGACCGAUUAUGAAGAGGUUGAAUUAGGUUUGAGUCAGGAGGAGGUGGAGGAUGGGAAAGAUGACGAAGCACAGACCAUGGAGGACAAGGAAGAAGAGCCUAAAGAAAUGCCCGCUGAAGACGUGGAGGAAGAGGAGAAAGUGAUGGAGGACCAUGAAGAGGGGGACUUGGAGAGCAACUCGCAUCUAGAAGAAGCUGAGAAUGACUCAGCAUCCGCCCAUCACCAAACAUCCUCUGGGCCCCACAUCUGCUCAGUCUGUGAGAAGAGCUUCAAGUUUGCCUCUGCACUAAUAGCCCAUCAGGUCAUCCAUACAGGAGAGCGCCCGUAUGUGUGCCAUCUGUGCGCACGGUGUUUCUCCUUCAGGCAGUCUCUGGACAGGCACAAACAGACACAUAAGGAUGGGCGCGUUUACGACUGUUUAAUCUGUGGGGAGACCUUUCAGUCCUUGUCAGCCCGCACAGAGCACAAGAAGAGCCAUAUGGAGCAAGGCGCUUACCAGUGCUCACAGUGCCACAGGAAGUUCAACUGGGCGUCGGCCAUGGUGAGACACCUGAAGGUUCACACAGAGGGCACUGAGGUCAAAACGCAGGAACUUACAAAAAGCCUGAAGUCUGAGAAAGAGGAUAUAGGGAUUAAAGAGAUUGUAGGAGAGGUGGCUAUUGAACCCCCUGAAACAGACCCGGUGUUGGAGGAUGGAGGGAAAUCCUGUCACAAUCCACAGGAAGGAGCGGGUCAGUCCACUUCAUCUGAGCCUGCAGUGUUGGUGCCUGGACUUCUGGACAAGGUUGUAACACUUGUCAAGGUCCGUACCAGUGGUAGGAAAACGAAACCGACCUUGAAGGUGCAGAUGGUGAACCUGCAGAAGCUCAAGGGAAAGGUUACCACCCCAAAGAGGAGGACGGAUGGAAGCUUGAUGAACCCCCAGGGUUUCACACAAUUGCAUUUUAAGAGUGAGGAACACUCCUAUGGUUCACCAGGGGUCUCAAUAAAGGAAGGAGAUACAGGGUGGUGUCCAUUCGUCAACUCAGACGAGGCGUCCGUCCAGCAGCACAUUGAGACGAACCACUCGGGGGAAGAGCAGGAAGAUGCUCCGUCUGCUCCGCCCCAAACAGGCCAAGCGGGACACUAUGAUUGCCCAGACUGUAACAGCAGCUACAAGUUUCAGUCCUUACUGAAAUACCAUCGGCGCGUCCACACCGGCGAGCGCCCAUACGUGUGCCCUCAGUGCGGACGCCGCUUCUCCUUCAAGCAGUCACUGGAGAGGCACGGACAGACACACAAGGAUGGGCGCAAGCAUGACUGUCUGAUCUGUGGGCAGAACUUCAAGUCCUUGUCAGCGUACACAGAGCACAAGAAGAACCACAUGGAGAACGGUGUGUAUCGGUGUUCGGAAUGCGACCGGCGGUUCUCCUGGAAGUCUGCACUGGUCAGACACCUCCGGACUCACACGGAGAACGCCACCGAGGCUGAGCUCUCUUACAAAUGCCCAAGGUGUGACUUGGGAUUCAGCAGUAGUACGUACCUUAACAGGCACCUGCUCACACACCAAGAGGAGAGGUUGCAUGUCUGCAGCUGUGGCAAGAACUUUGCCUACAAGGCUGCUCUGACCGCACACCAGCGCACCCACCUGAAAGAGAGGCCACACCAGUGCAAGCAGUGUGGAAAGGGUUUCCUCUACAAGGGAGGGCUGGUAAGUCACAUGAAGAUCCACUCCGAAGAAAUGCCUUUCAUGUGCUCAUUCUGUGGGAAGAGCUUCAAGAGGGAGAGGAACAUGAAGAAACACGAACGCUGCCACACCAGGGAGAACGUGUUCAGCUGCUCGCAGUGCGACAAGACCUUUGUGUACAAGGCCACACUGACCAGGCACGAGCUAACCCACUCGGGGGAGAGACCGUUCCUGUGCUCCGAUUGUGGCAAAGGGUUUUUCUCCCAUGCGGAGCUUCUAAAGCAUGAGCGCUUCCACACGGGCCACAAGCCGUUCCAGUGCUCCCACUGCGGGAAGCAGUUCACCCAGUCCUGCUACCUGACCAUUCACCUGCGCUACCACACAGGGGUACGGCCUUACUCCUGCACCCAUUGUGACAAGAGCUUUCUCAGCGCCAACCGUCUAAAGAGACACCUGAGAACCCACACAGGAGAGAAACCCUACCUGUGUUCUGAGUGUGGCAAAGGAUUCAAACAGUCAUAUCACCUCAAGAUGCACCAGCAGACUCAUGCCACCAAGAUUUACUGAGGCAUGAUUGUGUCUCUGUCCAGAUUUCAGUCAAAUGAUUUGGUAGAAUGUAAUGGUGAGUUAGCUGUCGACUGUAGACAACCAGGAGUGUUAAAAUAUAAAUACUGAAUAAUAAUAUAAAUUCAAUAUGCAACAAAUUCAAAGAUUUUAGUGAGUUACAGUUCGUAUAAAGAAAUCAUUCAAUUGAAAUAAAUUCAUUAGGCCCUAAUCUAUGGAUUUCACAUGACUGGGCAGGGUUGCAGCCAUGGGUGGGCCUGGGAGGGCUUAGGACCCCCCACUGGGGAGCCAGGACCACCCACUGGGGAGCCAGGACCAGCCAAUCAGAAUGAGUUUAUCCUCUCAAAAGGGCUUUAUUACAGACAGAAAUACUCCUCCGUUUCAUCAGCUGUCUGGGUGGCUGGUCUCAAAUGAUCCCGCAGGUGAAGAAGCUGGAUGUGGAGGUCCUGGGCUGGCGUGGUCUGCGGUUGUGAGACCGCUAACAGCUCUGCCAACAGCUCUGGUGGGCAUUCCUGCAGUCAGCAUACCAAUUGCACGUUCCCUCAACUUGACGCCUCAUCUGUGGCAUUGUGUUGUGACAAAACUGCACAUUUUAAAGUGGCCUUUUAUGGUCCCCAGCACAAGGUGCACCUGUGAUCUCCCGAGUGGCACAGCGGUCUAAGGCAUUGCAUCUCAGUGCUAGAGGCGUCAUUACAGACCCUGAUUCGAUCCCAGGCUGUAUCACAACCGGCCGUGAUCGGGAGUCCCAUAAGGUGGUGGACAAUUGGGCCAGCGUCUUCUGGGUUAGGGGAGUUUGGCUAUCAUUGUAAAAUAAGAAUUUGGUCUUAACUGACUUGCCUAGUUAAAUAAUGAUCAUGCUGUUUAAUCAGCUUCUUGAUAUGUCCCACCUGUCAGGUGGAUGUUGCUCCCUAACAUAGACGUAAACAUUUUUGUGCAUUAAAAUUGAGAGAAAUAA